AUGGCUUCAGCACAGAUCCAAACUCUCUUGAGAUUCUUGUCGCAAGAUGCCAAGGUUCCUUUGGCUACGGCAAUGGGCAGAACAUUAGAGCUGCAGAAAGCUAAUCUGAUAACGAUAGAACAAAUCUCGAAAGCAAACCUGGAAAUAUUGGAAGGCAUCUUCAAUGAUAAGAAGAUUGCGAAACAAGUUCUCAAUGCCGCUAAACGGAUAUCCAAGAAGCGAGGAGCUUCGGAUGAUACCAAAUCAUCACCCCAGAAACGCAACAAAAGCUCCAGACUAUUUAAAAAGACUCUACUCCAUAUGAGAUUGAAUCUUCACUCAGUUUGCCCAGCACUUCUGUCAACGAAGAUGAACUGA